ACAAUUACGGAAGAAACGACACCGACAAUAACCUCGUUAUUAUCAUCAUCGAAUCUAGUUCGGAUUUCUUUGUUCUUCCGGAUCUGAGAACGCGGUGGGGACACGUGCGACGCGUUUCCGCCACGUGCCAACCACUUUUUUUUGUCCUUUUCUUUUUUCGGUUAUAAAUUAUGAAACUUUGUGUGAAGUGAUUCGUGUGAGUCUGAUAUUUACAAUGUCGAAAAUGUCGCAGCUAUUAGACAAAGCCAAAAACUACGUUACUGAGAAAAUCGGUGAAAUGCCGAAACCAACAGCGAGUAUAACGGACGUUGAUUUCAAGCGCGUGUGCCGCGAGAGUGUUGAGUAUCUGGCUAAGGUUAAUGUUUCAAAUCCUUACUCAACUUCAAUUCCAAUCUGUGAGAUCAACUACUCCUUCAAAAGUGCUGCAAGGGAGAUAGCAUCAGGGAUAAUACCAGAUCCAGGAUCAUUGAAAGCAAGCGACACAACACUGCUUGAAGUGUUGGUGAAAGUGCCUCAUAAUAUAAUUAUUAGUUUGGCUAAGGAUAUUUGUGCUGAUUGGGACAUUGAUUAUCAAUUGGAUAUUGGUUUGAUUAUUGAUCUUCCUGUGAUUGGCAAUUUCACCAUUCCUCUUUGUCAAAAGGGUGAGACCAAGCUUCCAUCACUUUCCGACAUGUUUGUGUAGUUUGAUCCAAACCUCUAAACAUCAAACAAUAAAAUAAAAUAAAUAAUAAUGUUGUCGAUUUUCUGUUUAUCAGUGUUUAUGUAUUUCCCCCUUUGGUUGUACUUUUUGUUGUAUACAGGUGUUAUAAUACUAAACAUUACUACAGUAUUUGAAAUCACUGUUUUGAAUGGAGGUUUGUUUACAUAA